AUGAUGGAUAACCUCUUUAUCUAUGAUGCCUCUCAGCCCGGAGAAUCAUGGGACGACGAUUCUCGGUACGCCCCCACCCCAGGUAACUUCGGCCGUUCCACCGUAUACUCUCCUAGCCCCUCCCCGCAUCAUACCUUGCCACAACCGCCGCUGGAUCGACUCGGGUUCCUCCCAUUGGCUGAAUGGGAGAGAGGAGGCGAAUACGAUCAGCAGCCACCACGAUACGUUUGCUACACAGUCAAGUGGAAACUGCUGCUCAAUAAUAAGCCGGUGGGUAAUGUGACUGAGAAGGACCUGGUUGUAGCUCCCAGCCGGUUCUGGGAGAAAUAUCUAAAAGUGGAUCUUGACAAUAUGGUGCAAACAAAAAGAAAGCCCAACCAACGGGUUCGAUCUGAAAGUACAACCAUUAAGGUCGAGGUCGAUGAACGAAAGCAGUGUCCGCUGGAACAGUUCUAUAACGCCACCACCAUUGAUUGGGCGCCCGUGGAAAGACAAUUAUGUAAAUGGAGUAAUCUACUUCGCAUCGCGAAAAAGCUUACCGUUAGCAUUGCCUUUAGCUAUAGGCAGGAUGACCACGGAAAUAAUGCAUCCCCGGCCAGGAAAGGCGAAAAAAGGGGUCGUGUGUCCGCCACAAAUAUUAUGCUUGCUGAGCGUGAUGCAUAUAUUGCUGAAGAAGAAGAGCGAACUGGGCGACCCUCUGCGUGGAACACUGUAUAUGAGCUCAUGCAAUGCAACGUCCGCUCAUGCCAGUUGAACUCUGACUGGUGCUGGGAAGAUCCAAAAGACAGCAAACACUACAAACUCAGAGAGCCACACAUUGAUCGACUGGUUGAUUAUGUGGAAAAGGGCGGCAAACUCGAGAGCCAUGGUGAUGUGCCACGCGAUAUCCGUCGAGACCUACUUCUGGAGAGUCAGACAGGAAGAAAAUCUAAAAAGAAUACCACGCCAGCUAGUGGAUCUUCGUAUCACCCAGUGAGCAUCAAUGUGCUGCCAGCCCAGGAAUCGAGGAGCUCCGUGAUAUCGCCAUCGCCACCUAGGUCCUCAUCUCCCCACGUUGUCAUCCAAGGGGACCAAGUAGUAGCAGUAAAGAAUUAUUGCAAAUGGUUGGAGUCACGGUACAGUGAUGAGGCUUACAAAGCUGAUUUUCGAAGGGCUCGUGAUGCGGUCCUGAAGAGGCACAUGGACCUUGAGCUUAUCCUCGAGGACCCAAAUCCAGGCUUCUUCACUGAUGAAGGCAUUCAAAUAGGGACUGCCCGUCGUUUCAUUCGUGAUAUUGCUGAAUGUGACAAGCAGGUGAAAUCUUCAUCGCUGUCCGGUUGGACAAUGGAGGAACAUUCUGAUGAUCUUCUCUAG